UUGUUUUUCCUGGUGAGGUCACACUGUUGUCACUGAGACUUUGUAGUCAAAGCUUUUUUGACAGCAAAAUGAACUUUGACGGCGCUCCAAUGUCCUGUUAUUGAAGUUCCUCUGAACCUUGAGCUGGUUUGUUUUUUUUCUCUGGGAUUAGAGCUGAAAGAAGCAGAAAAAUGCAGCUUUGACAACUCCAGUCCUCCCUGGAGCUGAUUGAUUGGCUAAACGGCUGCUUAGCCUCUGCACACAGAACAUCUGCAGGUGCAGCAGCAAUAUGACUAAGAGAAGCCCAUCUCUUCAGCUGGUUAAAAGCGAGCUGCUGAACGUUUCCUUUCUGAAACGUAACAGGAUGCUGAACCAUCACUGCAGAGGGAACCCCGACCUCCAUGAGGAGCUGCAGAUCCAGGCUGCAGUCGCAGCGGGGGACAUCUGCACCGUCAGGAGGAUGCUGGAGCAGGGGUACUCGCCCAAGAUACGGGACGCCAACGGGUGGACGCUGCUGCACUUCUCCGCCGCCAAAGGAAAAGAGCGAUGUGUCCGCGUUUUCCUGGAGCAUGGAGCCGACCCCACGGUGAAGGACUUCAUCGGCGGCUUCACUGCUCUUCACUAUGCAGCCAUGCACGGCAGGGCCCGCAUCGCCCGACUGAUGCUAGAGUCCGAGUACCGGGGCGACAUCAUAAACGCUAAAAGCAACGACGGCUGGACGCCGCUACACGUGGCGGCCCACUACGGCCGCGACUCCUUUGUACGCCUCCUCCUGGAGUUCAGGGCUGAGGUGGACCCGCUCAGCGACAAAGGCACCACGCCGCUGCAGCUGGCCAUCAUCCGCGAGCGCUCCAGCUGCGUGCGGAUCCUGCUGGACCACAGCGCCAACAUUGACAUUCAGAACGGCUUCCUGCUGCGCUACGCCGUCAUCAAAGGAAACCAUUCCUACUGCCGCAUGUUCCUGCAGAGGGGAGCGGACACAAACCUCGGCCGUCUAGAAGAUGGACAGACUCCGCUGCACCUGUCAGCCCUCAGGGAUGAUGUGCUGUGUGCUCAGAUGCUCUACACGUACGGCGCCAACACCAACACCAGGAACUACGAAGGCCAGACCCCGGUAGCUGUGUCUGUUAGUAUGUCUGGAAUAAGCCGGCCCUGUCUGGACUUCCUGCAGGAAGUCACCAGGCAACCUCGAAGUCUCCAAGACCUGUGUCGAAUAAAAAUCCGUCACUGCAUCGGCCUUCAGAGCUUGAAAUUCCUGGAGGAUCUUCCCAUUGCAAAAGUUAUGAAAGACUAUUUAAAACAUAAGUUUGACAGUUUGUGAAGCAACAAAAGGACGAAGCGACGGUGACGGACUCUCUGUCAGACUAUGCAAGCAUUACGAUUCAGCUCUACGAGAAGGAUCCUCUGCUCUGUUCUGUAUGUGCUGAAGAAGAUUUAGUCCAAUCUGAUUUCUUUUCCUUAUCGAUGCUCUAUUAAGCCUUAUUUAACUUAUUGCAGUUUCUGACAAUUUUUAGUAGGCACUUUUUUUUUUUUAGGACUGAAACCUAAUUUGACUGCAUUUGGCAUUGUUCCCAUAGUAAUCACAUUAACCUUUUAUUACUUUGUUAUAACCCCACUGGUGAAAGUUGAGAAAUGGAGCAUGGGCAUGAUGCCAUUAGGAUUUUCUGAUUAUUUUUCUCAAUCUCCAAAAUAUGGAAGGUAGCUUUUUUUUCUUUUUUUUUUUAAAUAUAUAUAUAUAUACUUCAAGACUUUAACAGAAAAUCAACAAAGAUCCUGAGAACAAAAGCCAGGAUUCCUGCUGUGGUCCAACAGGAGUUUAAAAUCUUAAUCUCGUUUAGCUUGUGGAGGAAUCUGGUCCCAAACACUGGAGGACUAGCAGAAGAGGAACAGUCCUUAAAAGUCUGUAGAACGAUUAAAAGAAGCGUAACGGACAUUAAAAAGUCUUUCAACGCUUUGGAGUAAAAAUCAAUAAAAGGUGUGAAUGACUCUGACAAUAAUUUUUACUAAGAAAAUGUUGUAGGUGUUGAAAUACUGUAUGUACAAACUUGUCUUUUCUGGGGGUUUUGGUGCGUGUUCUUUUUUAUUUUUAUAUCAUCCUGAAUCUCAGCUGACAGGCCUUUGGAGGAAACCGUUUAGAUUUGUUCUUUUCUAGUUUGGGAUUAUGUGAAGAGGUGAUGUGUAGUUAGUAACCUACCUGCAGUUGGUAAAUCCUUCAUGACUUCGACAGAAACUGAAGGAAUUAAGUUUGAAUCAUCUUACUUAUUAACAUCUGGACUGAUUGACUCGUCUGUUGCUAACUGUGGACACGUUGGAGGGUUUCUGCCACAAUGUAAACAUUACCUCUGCUAGGAUCUGUUAGACUGGUUGUAUUUUUAAAACGGCAGCGGUCCUUCUCGCUCUGGAUCCGGUUAUGACCGGUUAAUCGUCCUCUAAAGAGUAAAUGUCAGUAAGAUGCUAAUUGCUUUUAUCUUCUGCACAGAACCCCUCCCCCUUUAUAUAAUAAUAUAAAUAUGUCAUUUAGAGUUCAGAUUAGUUAAUUAUUGAAAACAUUGAUGACUGGAUGUGAGGAAUAUUUUCUAAAACUUAAACCAUUUCCUAUGUUUCCAUAUUUUUCUCCAGGUAAGGUCAAGCAGGAUGUUGACAUUUUUAGUGAAGCUUUCUGAAGAGCAAAAUAAAGCCCUCAAAGGGUUAAUCGUUGUGGAUGUAUUGAUCCGCUUCAUUUAUGUCUAAGAACGGCUACCGAGUCCUCGUUAACAGAGGUUUAUAAAAUAAGUUAAGGAAAACCCCAACUAGUUUUUAACAAAAUCUUUUACAGCAGAGAUCAUUCGGUCUUCAUUCGAAGAAGUCUGUUUCAGACAGACAUAUCAAAAUCUUUUUUUUUCUUAGUGAACUAUAGUCAAACCUGUUGACCAUAUUCCCAGCCCACUUCCAGAGCAGCCAUGUUUCAGGAGGACUGACAUUCACAGCUACAGUCUGUGUAAAUAUAUUACAGCAUUUUUAACAGAAUUGGUUCAAGCAAUAAUUUCCUGUGUUCCCGACAUUUUUUCACAAGUCUUGUGACACGUUUGAUGUGAAUUAAGUAUUUCGUGUGUGAGUUCUUUUCUUUGAUUUUGCAUAUGUUGCCUGUAAUAUAUAAUUUUUUGCCAAUAAAGGUCUGUUCUUUC